AAAUAAUCAUGGCGGUUUCUUCGUGUGUUUCAAGGAGUCUCAGUGCGUUAUCGAGGACAUUACGAAUUUCCCAACCGGCUACAAGGAAACUCUACGCAUGUGCAAAUAAUGGAAGAUGUGAAGUCUUACGCAACAGACUUCCUUGCGGCAUCUCAGCUGCAUGCAUUCACACAGGGACCUUUCACUCCACUGUCUCUCCCACUAUCACUGUUACAGAUGAGCCAGACCAGCUGUAUCAGAAGGUGUCUGUGUUGGUGAAAGGGCAUGAUAAGGCAGUUCUGGACAGCUAUGAGUUCUUCGCCACCCUGGCAGCACAGGAGCUAGGCAUCAGCAUCGGCAAGGUCUUUGAACCACCGAAGAACAUAGAGAGAAUGACCCUGCUCAAGUCUGUUCACAUCUUCAAGAAGCACAGAGUGCAGUACGAGAUGAGGACCCACUUUAGGUGUAUUGAGCUGGAACGUGUGACGGGCUCCACAGCAGAGGUCUAUCUGGAAUACAUCCAGCGUAAUCUACCGGAGGGGGUGGCAAUGGUGGUGACCAAGACUGCCAUAGAGAAGAUCCCAGAGCACAUCCUGGCACCCAUGUGGAACAACCAGCUGGAACAACCCAGCCAAUGAGGAGUGAGCAGUGCAGAGGGGAAUGCCCGCUAUAGGCAUGAUGGACCACAGCAGCGUCGGCUACUGUACAUGGCCUCUCCUUGUUGGAAAACCCAUCACUGAUCACCAGAAGAGGAAGAUGCUGCUGCUUCUGUGACUGAAGAAGCAGUUUGUGAAAUGAAGAUCUUUGUGAAACUUCGUGUCAAACCAUGGAGAUCAUUCAGUACCUUUUUGUUUGAGUGAAUUUCUGUGAGGGACAGUUUAUUUCACUCAGUUUACAUGCUCCAAGACAUAUGAACACCAGUACUUCUGCUGAAAAGGCAAUCUGUGUGAUAUGUGUGGAACAUUAAAACAUCCAUAUUAUCAGUCUCUGUCAGUUUGUCCAUUCCUCUAUUCUUUAUAACUAACAUAUCUGUCAGUGAAGUGGAGUGACUGGGUACUGGUUCGUUUGGGCAUUUUCUUACACCAUACAUGUAAAAGGGAGCCACCGACCGUUAACAGUUGAAG